UUGUUGAUGAAAACAACAUGUAGAAAUCCAUUGAUGGCAGUGAUGAAACUAAAGCCAAUUGGAUGAGAUACUGUGUCAUAAUGCAAAACUUGGAACAUGCUGCCUUCCAUGACAAUGGCAACGCGAUGCCUAAGCAAGUGGAGGUCAGGAUGCAUGAGAGCCACCUGGAGCCUGUGGACACCCCGGCUAAGCCCAUGUGUGGGGGUAUCUGCCAGACGCUCUUCCAAAACAUGCUUCUCACACUCACAAUUCUGGGUGUGAUUGUGGGGUCAACCUCUGGAAUGCUCCUGCGCUAUGUCUCCCCACUGCCUGCUGAUGUCAUAAUGAUCAUUGGUUUCCCUGGAGACAUCCUCAUGAGGAUGCUGAAGAUGGUUAUUCUGCCUCUCAUAAUAUCCAGUUUAAUCACAGGUCUGGCGGGAUUAGAUGCUAAAUCUAGCGGACGUCUAGGCACCAGGGCCAUGGUCUACUACAUGUCUACCACAAUCGUCGCAGCCGUACUUGGUGUGAUCUUGGUGCUGGCCAUUCACCCCGGUAACCCAAAACUGAAGGCCCACCUCGGGGAGGGAAACAAGAAUGACGAGGUGUCGAGUUUGGAUGCAUUCCUCGACCUCAUCAGGAACCUCUUCCCAGAGAACCUGGUUCAGGCUUGCUUUCAGCAGAUUCAAACAGUCUCAAAGAAAGUGGAGCAGAUUCCAGAUUACACGGAAGAAGUGAACAGCACCAUGGAUGAUUUCCUUCUCAGUGGAACAAAAGCUCCGCCUCAGCCUGUGAUUGUCAUCAAAAAGGCCCUUCAGUUCAAGGGUGGAAUGAAUGUAUUAGGCCUUAUCGGCUUCUUCAUUGCAUUUGGGAUAUGCAUGGGGAAGAUGGGGGAGAAGGCAAGGCUGAUGCUGGAUUUCUUCAACAUCUUAAAUGAGAUCGUCAUGACUCUUGUCAGCAUGAUCAUGUGGUAUUCACCACUGGGUAUCGCCUGCCUGAUCUGUGGAAAGAUCAUAUCCAUCAAAGACCUGGAGGUGGUGGCACGGCAACUGGGAUUGUACAUGGUGACAGUUGUCGUGGGACUCAUAAUCCACGGCGGCAUCUUUCUGCCUCUUAUCUACUUUGUCAUCGUCAGGAAAAAUCCCUUCACUUUCUUUAUGGGCAUCUUCCAAGCAUGGAUCACUGCUUUGGGGACAGCAUCCAGUGCUGGAACACUGCCUGUCACAUUCCGAUGCCUGGAGGAAAACCUGGGCAUUGAUAAAAGGGUAACACGUUUUGUGCUACCUGUUGGUGCCACCAUCAACAUGGACGGUACAGCCCUCUAUGAGGCUGUGGCAGCCAUCUUCAUUGCACAAAUGAAUGGUAUCUACUUAGAUGCCGGCCAGAUUGUCACAGUCAGUCUAACAGCUACUCUAGCGAGUGUGGGGGCAGCCAGUAUACCCAGUGCUGGACUCGUUACCAUGCUUCUGAUCCUGACUGCUGUGGGACUGCCCACGCAGGACAUCAGCCUGCUGGUGGCUGUGGACUGGCUUCUGGAUCGGUUCCGGACCUCUGUCAAUGUAGUGGGUGACUCCUAUGGUGCGGGCAUCGUGUACCAUCUGUCAAAAGAGGAGCUGGACAGCCUGGACUCUAAUCAGACGAGAUUAGAUGACAUUGAGAUGGACAAGGCACAUUGCUACUAUGAUGAUCUCAAGAACCACCACGAAAACAACACCAACCAGUGUGUUUAUGCCACUCACAACUCAGUCUUGGUAGAUGACUGCAAGGUAACCACAAAUGGCUCCACUGCGGAGUACUCUCUUGUUGAGGAGGAACCAUGGAAACGCGAAUAACACAGCACACAGACCCCUGCUCUGCCUUACCCUGAGUUCCACAAGUUUCCUCCCUGGUGAAAAACAAAGAACAUAAAAAAACAAACUAUAAAAAGAUUGGAUAUAAAUAUUUUAUAUUUGUUUAGUAGAUAUUUCAUAUUGCCCUGAAUAAACUCAAACUGACCAUCUUUGAACUGGACUACUGUAGUCUGAUCACUUACCUACUGAAAAAUAGACUAUACUUUCAAUUGUGUGAGAGACUAGAAUGUUUCAUAGUGAUUUUCAAUUAAUCAAGGCAUCUAUUUGAAAAAAAAAAUAGAUAGGAACAAAGAAAAUAAAGACAAACAAUUUAGGUUUCACCACUAUGGUUUGAUACAGGCGAUUGAGUGUGACGUGAAGUUGGAAAUUGACUGAAUAAAUUCUUGGGCACAAACUGUUGUUCCCACAUUGUAUAUCCUUGAUGACAAUGCUCAGCAGCAGAUGUUCAAUAAGCCUAACCCUUUAACCGAGCAUCUUGUCUGGCAGUGACUGUGUCUCGCUAUGAGUGGUGUACUUGCAAAGAACCCAGAUCUAGAAAAUCUGACGCAACACUGCUGAGAUUCUCAAAAACCCAGGCGGGGCGGGCAAAUGCAGAGUCCAAACUCAUCUAGCAAGGCUUCUUCUAUAGCAGAUGCUCUGUGGGUGUAACAGCAUGAGCAAGUUAGGGACUUGAACGAUUCCAAUAAUUUAUUGUUGUUCAGGUAAAAUUAGUUUUUCUAUUUUCCUCCUUGGAAUCAGCUGAGAGAGUUGUGUGCUGGAAAAGUAAGGUCAUUGAUCCACCCCAGAAAACGUUUGGACUAUUGCUUCUAAACCUGAACACAUUACACAAACUCAGUGGCUUCUUGAUUUCUUGCUUUUGUUGAAAGGGAAUCUGAACAUCUAUUUGGAGAAAGGUGCUCUAAAAUUGAACUACCAUAUUUUUAUUCAUGUCUGUGAAUCCAAUGAUGCAAUAAAAUAAUUUGGAAAUUAUAUAGUGAAGGUAGAGACAUGUUUCCCUGUUUCAGGAUAUAUUAUCAAGGAGAAGGUUUCAGGAUAUAUUAUCAAGGAGAGUUUAAACAAACAUAUAUUUUUUUGAUUGAGUGCAAGCAGUGUUUUACAACAUUUUCAAGUAGAUUCAUAGGUUUUCAAUAUGGCUGAUCAUGGAUGAAAAUGAACCUUCUUGCAGCCAAAACCAACCGCCUUUCAUUACACAACUUAAAUAGGGUAACUUUUUAUCAUUAGAAAUGUGUACAAAAAUAUAAUAAUGUUUCUGCAUAUCUUUCACCUAAACACAACAUAUUUUCCUGAUAAAUAAGUCAGUGCAAUGAAUAGAUUAUAGAUCUGAAUAUGAAUUUAGGUACCUAUACUGGAAGGCCAGGUGGUGGCAGGUACAGACAUGCUCUCCAGCACUGCUGAUGAACUGCAGGCAGUGUCUAAGUUAUCCUCGGCGGUCCUAAUCUGGGAAGAUUAACCCUAGGUGUCGGCACAUAUGAUCAGAGCCGCUUACCACAGGAGCUUACGACUUUUAUUAGAGCUCCAGAAAGGGGCAGGGUUGUGCCUCCCAAUGCUACCGUGUAUUUUUAGAUGUCUGCCAAAGUAAAAGCCGCAGACAAGAUUAUCUGGUGACAUAGUACUGACCUGCAGACUGACAUUGAAGUAAAAGACAUGUUCACUGUCAGGUACAGUCGUUGAGUUUCAGCUCAGGGAACGGAAUGGCUAAUACAGAAAUACAGCUGGGCCACUGGUAUCUGUUACUAUGUGUAUUAUAUGCUUAAGUUAGUGUGCUUGAAUGUGUGUGUUUGCAUGUUUGUAAGCGAGUGAGAACAUGAGCAUGUGGCAAAGCAGGUCUCUAUAUCCUGUGGGCGUUCUGCCUAUUUUUAUUUUAUUUGUUUUCUGUUGUUUGUUAAUUUAUUUAAUGUAUACCUUGCCUUAUUUGCUGCAAACGAUGCAGCCAGGGUGAUGAUUAUGAAAAUGCUGACUGCAAUAACACCAUUCAUAUUACUAUAAUAAGUAUACUAAAAUUCAGUAAGGUGCAAGCAUUCAUAUUACAGUACCCACUCCCCUUAUAUUAUGUUCUCCAAUCCAAGAAAAGUUUAAAAUCUGAUUCUGUAUUUGUGCAUCUAAACGUGCUGCUUUAUCCACACAGUAGAAAACAUGAGGUUAUUUAAGUUCACAGUGAUGAGCAGAUGACAUGAAAAUAAUUCAUUACAUCCUCAAAUUCAACUAGUAGAGCAAUAAUUGUGAAUAAUUAUACAGUGAGGCUGGAAUAAGUCUAGCCUCAACCAGCAAAAUGCCUUUCUCUCUCUGCCAGAAAUAGUUUUUUUUAUUAUCUAUUGAUAAUCACCUGGCUGGCACUGAAGGGGAGUGCAUGUUGGAAAAUUACAAUGUAGAAGAUUAUUGCUAUAGAACCUAAAUUAAUUAAUGUUUUUUGCAGCACUAUUUUAAAGCAUUGUGUUAAAGUGCCUCUUUGCACUUUUGCGUACAUAUUGCAGGCAACAGAUUUGUUUUGGGUGAUACGGUGUGUAGAACAGUCACUUGUGGAGUUUAUUGAAAUCCUAUAGAGUACCACUGCCUAUGUUCUCCAUAUGAUAAUAUAGUUGAGGGAUAUAUGUAUACACAUGAGAACACAAGAGGAAAUGCUUUAGGUUUUGGGUAGAUAAUUAUAGCUUUGUAUCUAUGAUCCAUGUUUUUUUUUUUUUUUCUCAUCUAAGCAGUUCAAAUGUUUGGUUCUGGAAGAAAAUAUUUUGUGCAUUCUUUUUCAGUAUUCUGUGAGUAUUUGUAUGUGUAUAUCUGUCUGUCUGUAUGUAUAUUGCACACACAUACACACACACACACACACACACACACAGACAUGUUCUAUUAAAUGUCAAGAAUAUGCUAUCCAGUGAUUCUUACUUCAUUAGAAAAAUAUAUAACUUAUAUGACAUUUAAAUUUUAGAUUGCCUUUAUGUUUUAUCAAGGGGUUUAGUGUGACAGCACACAGGGACUGUUUUUCAGGCAUUCAGACAAUGCUAAGCACAGCAGUUGGGUUUUCUGCAUCUGAAAAAAAGAGUAAUCAUUUUUCUAUAUUUACAAGUCUGUGUGCUCUUUGCAGGACUCAUCAAAUUUCAUAUACACUUGUCAAAACUGGGUGUCAGUGACCAUAUAUCUACCAUUAUAGAAUACUCAUUUUCUAUGUGGGUGCAAUAUUUCUUAAUAUAAAUAUUGGUGUCGUGAUGAACCUGAAGAAAACUCUUUGAGGUCCAUCAUGUUGUAUUUCACUGUAACAACACACUGUAACAACACACUAUUUCUGUCUUUUGGUUAAAUCCUCUUGAGUAGACAGAAUCACUGCUGACAUGAAUCCUUUAUUUACUUCUUUUAUCAUUUUGUAGUUUUUCGAAAAGUUCCUUCUUUGUAAAUAUGUUCUUUAAUAUUGAUUUAAAGAGAGAGGGUGUGUGAGAGAAUGACUUCUGAAAUUUAAAAAAUGUCGAAACAUCAUAAAGCGUUGUAAAUUUACUGUACAUAUGAUUACAAAAAGUAAUAAAUAUUGAUUCAUACUGUA